AUGUCUUACACCGAGCUGGAGAGUGGCUACCAAGGCCUCAAGCAGGCAUCCUCCAGCGAUGGCAUUAUUGGCAGUGCGCUACAGACACCGUCUGGCCGGCCCGGAUUCUACGUUGGCGAUGAGGGUGAUCUUGAUCCAACCGAUGGGCUCGAUUCGGACGACUCGUCCACGUCCGGCAAGCAGGUCGUGGUGGCGGUUUGUGCCAUGUCGAAGAAAUCCCAAUCGAAACCGAUGAAAGAGAUACUGACCCGGCUGCAGGAGUUCGAGUUCAUCCGGAUGGUGGUGAUCGGCGAAGAGAUCAUACUAAAUGAACCAGUCGAUCGGUGGCCCCUAUGCGACUGUCUCAUCUCCUUCCACUCGAAGGGAUUCCCGCUCGAGAAGGCGAUCCAGUACGCGCAGCUGCGCCAACCGUACGUCAUCAACAAUUUGCACAUGCAGUUCGAUAUCCAGGACCGCCGACGAGUAUAUGCCAUCCUGGAAAAGGAGGGAAUUGAAAUACCACGCUACGCCGUGCUGGAUCGUGAUUCACCGGAUCCAAAACAGCACGAGCUGGUAGAAUCGGAAGAUCACGUCGAGGUGAAUGGGAUCGUUUUUAACAAACCGUUCGUUGAAAAGCCUGUCUCGGCCGAGGAUCACAACAUCUACAUCUACUACCCGACAUCCGCGGGCGGUGGUAGCCAACGCUUGUUUCGCAAGAUCGGUAGCCGCAGCAGUGUUUACUCGCCGGAAUCGCGGGUACGCAAGACCGGAUCGUUUAUCUACGAAGACUUUAUGCCAACCGACGGUACGGACGUGAAGGUGUACACGGUCGGGCCGGACUAUGCGCACGCCGAGGCACGCAAAAGUCCCGCCCUGGAUGGGAAGGUUGAGCGGGACAGCGAUGGUAAAGAGAUACGCUAUCCGGUGAUCCUGAGCAAUGCGGAGAAGCUGAUCUCCCGCAAAGUGUGCCUUGCGUUUAAGCAGACGGUGUGCGGGUUUGAUCUGUUGCGCGCGAACGGCAAAUCGUUCGUGUGUGACGUGAACGGGUUCAGCUUCGUGAAGAACUCGAACAAGUACUAUGACGAUUGUGCCAAGAUACUCGGCAACAUGAUACUGCGCGAGCUGGCACCCCAGCUCCAUAUACCGUGGUCCGUGCCGUUCCAGCUGGACGAUCCACCGAUCGUGCCGACAACGUUCGGCAAGAUGAUGGAGCUGCGGUGCGUAACCGCCGUCAUCCGGCACGGCGAUCGGACGCCGAAGCAGAAGAUGAAAGUUGAGGUGCGGCAUCAGAAGUUUUUCGAAAUAUUCGAAAAGUACGACGGUUACCGGUUCGGGCACAUUAAGCUGAAGCGUCCGAAGCAACUGCAGGAGAUACUGGACAUUGCCCGGUCGCUGCUGGCGGAGAUACAGACCAAGGCGGCUGAUUCGGAGAUCGAGGAAAAGCAGAGCAAACUGGAACAGCUGAAAAGCGUGCUGGAGAUGUACGGACAUUUUUCCGGUAUUAACAGGAAGGUGCAGAUGAAGUAUCAACCCAAGGGUCGACCAAGAGGAUCAAGCUCAGACGAUGCUGAUGCACCGAAGGAACCCUCGCUCGUGCUGAUCCUCAAAUGGGGCGGGGAGCUUACGCCGGCAGGGCGUAUUCAGGCCGAAGAGUUAGGACGUAUAUUUCGCUGCAUGUACCCCGGCGGACAGAGCCGUCAGCCGGGUGUCGGCGAAGGUCCCGGUGCCCAAGGGCUGGGUUUGCUACGCUUGCACUCCACCUUCCGGCAUGAUCUCAAAAUUUACGCAUCCGACGAAGGCCGGGUACAGAUGACGGCUGCCGCCUUUGCCAAAGGGUUGCUAGCACUCGAAGGCGAACUGACGCCGAUUCUGGUGCAAAUGGUAAAGAGCGCCAACACGAACGGUCUUCUCGACAAUGAUUGUGACUCGAGUAAGUACCAGAACAUGGCCAAAUCUCGUCUGCACGAGCUGAUGCAGAUCGAUCGAGAAUUUACGGCCGAAGACCGGGCAGCGAUCAAUCCGGGCAAUGCCAUCAGUAUCAAUUUGGCGAUGAACUUUGUGAAAAACCCGGUCCAGUGCUGUGCGCAGGUACACUCGCUGAUACGUUCGCUGAUGGCGGUGGUGGCGGUCAAGCGCGAUGAUCCGAAAACGCGCGACGCCGUCCUGUACCAUGGUGAGACGUGGGAACUUAUGGGACGACGCUGGGGCAAGAUUGAGAAAGAUUUCUGCACCAAGAGCAAGAAUUACGACAUCUCCAAGAUACCCGACAUCUACGACUGCAUCAAGUACGAUCUGCAGCACAAUCAGCACACGCUGCAGUUCGAUCUAGCGGAGGAGCUGUACAUUUCGGCCAAAUAUCUGGCGGACAUUGUGAUUCCGCAGGAGUACGGUUUGACGACGCACGAAAAGCUUACGAUCGGGCAAGGUAUCUGUACGCCAUUGUUGAAAAAGAUCCGUGCCGAUUUGCAGCGCAAUAUUGAGGAGUUGGGUGGCGAGGAGAGCGUGAAUCGGCUCAAUCCACGCUACAGCCAUGGUGUGUCCAGCCCGGGCCGGCACGUCCGCACGCGGCUGUAUUUCACGAGCGAGAGUCACGUCCACUCGCUGCUAACCGUGCUGCGUCACGGCGGUCUGCUGAAUGUGCUGACCGACGAGCAGUGGCGCCGGGCGAUGGAGUACGUGUCGAUGGUAUCGGAGCUGAAUUACAUGUCGCAGAUUGUGAUCAUGCUGUACGAGGACCCGAUGAAGGAUCCCAGCUCCGAGGAACGGUUCCACGUUGAGCUCCAUUUUAGUCCCGGCGUUAACUGUUGCGUGCAGAAAAAUCUGCCACCAGGGCCAGGAUUUCGACCGCACAGUCGCAACGAUUCGGUUACGUCGAAGAAUGCGAGCGGCGACGAAGACACUACGUCACGAAUCGAGGAAGAAAACGACACCGAAGAGGAAAACUCAUUUUCCAACAACUCUUCUUUGCAUCAUACACCGUCCAAGACGCUAUCCCGAAUGGACACUGAAAUUGAUAAUAUUGCCAUCGGUGCUGCAUCAACCGUAGUGAAGGAGCGACGCAUCAGAAAGAACAAAUCAUCCUCACCGAUACCGAUCGGCUCAUGCCACACCGUAUCCGGACAUGAGGCGAUGGAUUUAGCGAAGCGUCUUAGCGAAGAGUUAGCUGUACAGCAGCAACAGCAGCAGCAGCAACAGCAGCAACAACAACUGCAACAGCACCAUCUGACCGGUUCGUUCGGUUGCGGCACAUCGAAAGAUAUGGCACGGCCGCACAGCCCCGAUUCGGAACCGCGGGCCCGUUCCUUCGAACACCAACAGCAACACCAUCAUCACCAGCACCACCACAGCCAUCAGCACCAUCACCAUCAUGGCAAAUUGCAUCAUCACCGUUCGAAAGGAAAAGGAGGCAAAUAACGUCC